UGGUUUGUCUAAAAGUUCCGCUUUUAUCUUUCUAAAUUCCAAAACAUUUGCCGAAAAACGUGAAAAAUAAAAAAAUUAGUGCAACAAAUAAUUUAAUAUUUUGAUCUUUCUCAAUUUUCAAAUAUUUUCUUGCAACGAACCUCAACCGAAAAUAAGAUGGUUUUGCUGCCUGAUGAUGAGGACCCGCUUCCAGACUUAGAUUUCGCCAAGGACUUUUACGCCAAAUAUGACGCCAAGGAAAUUUUAGGAAAGGGGGCCAGCAGCGUAGUUAGGAGAUGUGUAGAAAAGUCGACUCACAAGGAGUUCGCAGUAAAAAUCAUUGACAUCACUAACGAAGGUGAUGGCAGUCUUAUUAUGGAAAACCAGAGGCUUGAAACAUUAAAAGAAAUUCAAAUACUUAGACUCUGUGCUCAACAUCCUAACAUCAUUGAGCUUCAUGACUCAUUUGAAAGUGAGACAUUCAUGUUCCUCGUGUUCGAGCUCUGCAAGAAAGGUGAGCUCUUUGAUUAUAUGACAGAAGUUGUCACUCUCUCAGAAAAGAGAACCCGGCAAAUAAUGCGGCAGUUGAUGGAGGUGAUUGCAUUCAUCCACUCGAAGAUGAUAGUUCACAGGGAUCUUAAGCCUGAGAAUAUCUUGUUAGAUGACAACUUCAACAUCAAGUUGAGUGAUUUUGGAUUUGCCGUCAUAGUUGCACACGAUGAGGACAUCGAUACUGGGGAGCUGUUUGGCACACCUGGUUACAUGUCACCAGAAAGCAUAAAAAGGUCCAUGUACCCAAAUGUUCCUGGCUAUGGAAGACCAGCAGACAUGUGGGCGGCCGGUGUCAUCAUGUACUCUCUGCUGGUUGGCAGUCCUCCAUUUUAUCACAGGAACGAGUUGCGCAUGUUGAGGAUGAUAAUGGAGGGGAAGUAUUCCGUCUCAACUGCUGAUUUUCAGGACAUCAGCGAGACUGCCAUUGACCUGAUCAAGAAGCUGCUAGUGGUGGACCCCAAGGAACGACUAACCGCCAAAGAGGCUCUUCAACAUCCGUUUCUUGCUAGGAAAGAUAAAAUGAGAGAAGGAUUCGACCCAAAAAGAAAAUUCAAAGGAUGGGUGUAUGUGAUGAUAGCCUCUCGUUACCUGCAGAUAUCUCACAGAGCCCAACCGACGAUCAGCAUCAGCCGAGUUCGCGAGAAUCCCUACGCAGUUCGUGACUUCCGAAAAUUAAUCGAUUCCGGGGCUUUCAAAAUUUACGGGCACUGGGUCAAGAAAAGGGGGCAAAAUAGGGCUGUCCUGUUUGAAAAUGUUCUCGGAAAGGAGAUCAAGAAAUGAGAUGUGUGUGUGUAUAUGUGUGUGUGUGUGUGUGUGUGGGUGAUCUAUUUUACCAUGAGUACUUUCACCUUCCUCAUGUAUUAUAGUCAAAAGAGAGUGUUUUCAUCGAAUAACAGUGAUAAUAAUAAUGAUGAUGAUGAUACCACUGAUCUGGGCUGUUCAAUUUAUUAUUAUGUUACUUCAACGAAUUAUUAUUAUUAUUAUUAUUAUUACUCUUUCUCUGUUUGUCCUUAUUCUAUGUACACUCUCUUUUUUUUCGCAUGCUCUUUUUCUACGUAAGUAACUUCUUAUUUUUAAAUUAUCAAACAAUGAUCGUUAUCAUAAUUUAUGUUUAUGUAUAUAUGUGUACGUGUAUAUAUAUAUAUAUAUAUAUAUAUACUUAUAUAUAUAUAUAUAUACUUAUAUAUGUUAUUUAUUUACAAGUUAGUCAUUUUUGCUUGUCUUUUUGCUGUAAUAGGUUAUUGCUAUACAUAGGAAACUAUUCGUGUGUUUUUGUGUGUGUGUGUGUAUGUACGUGUGUUUACGUUAUUUCUAAAUGGUUUUAACAUCGUGCAAGCAAAAAAUGAAUUUAACUUUUUUCCUGUUUUAAAUUUUCGCAUCAUUUUGAAUGUUGUAAAUUUUGAAGUUGAUUAUUAGUUUGUAGUUUUUCGAUCAUUCAUUCAUUCAAUCACUGUUUCAUUCAUUCAUUCAUUUAUUCGUUUUUUUAUAAUGGAUUGAUAGCUGAAGUGUGU